AUAUUUUUCACCGACACUCACUCACUUCAUUUAGCAUUUUCUUUCUCUCUCUUCAACAAAUUAAAUUUGAGAAGCUCUCCUCCCCAACAAACCCUAGCCGCCGCACACUGUUCACGACAUUUUUAGUCCAUUUCCGACCACCGUUGGUCGAGUUACCCUCACAAUCUUCAUCUAUUUGAUAGACUUUUAAACAUUCCAACCACCGCCUUCUCUGAUAGAUCUCGACCAACGUAAACAAUAUUUUGAAAAACCAUCACCAUUAAAAGACUCUCCUCAAUCCCCUCUACAAAACCCACAAAGAAAAUCAUGUAUUGAAAUACCUUCGCCGGCAACCACCGUGCCGGAAAAUGCAUCCUCCACCGUUAGGGUAUGAAAUUUAUGGGUUGGUGUAUCAAUAAAGAAAUUGAUGUUGGAGCUUAGAUGCAAUUAUAGAUAUUUCUGAUCGCCUUCAUCCCAUCCAUGAUUUUGCAGAGCAUAUACCUGAUACAUUACGCAAGCUUUCUUUAUGUUGGACAAUAAAAAGAAUGUUUGCAUCAUUUUUAAGAAAUGUAUAUUGUAUACUAUACUAUGUAUGUAAUUGAAAAUAUUGCACUGCACUUCCAAAAGAAUUGGUUGUGCAGUCCUUAUUUUCAUCCGAACCAAUCUUUAAGUCUGUGUCGUCGGUUUCUUAGUUCUACUAUGGCUGGUGAUUCCUCUGCAAUCUUCAAUGGAAAUGGCAAUGGCAGCAUCAACCUACAGAGGACUUACCAAGUAGUUGUGGCUGCCACCAAAGAAAUGGGCAUUGGUAAGGAUGGGAAAUUACCAUGGAGACUACCUACCGAUCUCAAGUUUUUCAAGGAGAUAACUACUACAACAUCCGAGCCUGGGAAGAAAAAUGCCAUUGUUAUGGGAAGAAAAACAUGGGAGAGUAUCCCUCUUCAAUUCAGACCUCUUCUUGGUCGUCUUAAUGUUGUUUUGACUCGCUCGGGUACCUUUGAUAUUGCAGCAGCAGAAAAUGUUGUUAUAUGUAGAAGUAUGUCGUCUGCGUUGGAACUCUUAGCAGCUUCUCCUUAUCACACUUCGAUUGAGAAAAUAUUUGUUAUAGGGGGUGGUGAGAUAUUUAGGGAGGCUCUCAAUGCACCUGAAUGUGAAGCUAUCCACCUCACAGAAAUUCAAUCAAACAUUGAGUGUGAUACUUUUAUGCCUCCAAUUGACACCACUAUAUUUCAGCCAUGGUACUCGUCCUUCACUAAGGUGGAAAACAACAUCCGAUAUUCAUUCACCACUUAUGUGCGUGUAAGGAGUUCUGCAGCAGAGUACCCGAAGAAUACUGAUUCUUUCUUUGAUAGUAAUUCGGCUUCUAAAAAAUUUGAGGUUCAGAACUUUUCUUUUCUUCCGAAAAUGAUUUUCGAGAGACAUGCGGAGUACAUGUAUCUUAAUCUGGUUCAAGAAAUCAUAUCUCAAGGUACCACUAAGGGUGAUAGGACAGGGACUGGGACCUUGUCAGCAUUUGGUUGCCAGAUGAGGUUCAAUCUGCGCAGAGGCUUUCCUCUUCUAACAACUAAGAGAGUAUUUUGGCGAGGGGUUGUUGAAGAGCUUCUUUGGUUUAUCAGCGGCUCAACAAAUGCCAAGGUGUUGCAGCAAAAAGGCAUUCAUAUAUGGGAUGAUAAUGCAUCCAGGGAGUUCCUUGACAGCAUUGGUUUGUCAGAGAGGGAAGAGGGUGAUUUAGGACCUGUUUAUGGGUUUCAGUGGAGGCACUUUGGUGCCAAGUAUACUAACAUGCAUGGUGACUAUGCCAACCAAGGACUUGAUCAGCUUUUAGAUGUUAUCAACAAGAUAAAGCAUAAUCCCGAUGAUCGACGGAUCAUUCUCUCUGCAUGGAAUCCAGCAGAUCUUAAAUUGAUGGCUCUUCCACCCUGCCACAUGUUUGCACAGUUCUAUGUAGCAAAUGGGGAGUUAUCAUGUCAAAUGUAUCAGCGAUCUGCUGACAUGGGCCUGGGUGUGCCAUUUAACAUUGCUUCUUAUGCCCUCCUGACAUGCAUGAUUGCUCAUAUUUGUGAACUUGUUCCAGGUGAUUUUAUCCAUGCUAUUGGGGAUGCACAUGUGUACCAAACUCAUGUGAGGCCUUUGCAGGAGCAGCUUCAUAACCUACCAAAACCUUUUCCAACUUUGAAGAUCAAUCCAAAGAAGAAAGAUAUAGAUUCUUUUGUGGCUACUGAUUUCAAGCUCAUUGACUAUGAUCCUCACCAGAAGAUUGAGAUGAAAAUGGCUGUUUAAAAUAUGGGAGAGCUUAUGCCCUACUUCAGGUUGUUUCUGUUGUUUGAAAUGAGGCAAGUAUGCAAUUUAGUUCUGUUGGAUAUCAUUAAGGUGAUUCAGUUUUUAUAGAAUGCAGAAUGGUGCUUUCUUUCUAGUGGUUCGUGAGCUCAAAGCCUUGGUGAUCAUGUAUGCUCAAGUGCUAUAUGACAUGUUUAGAACUUUUUGUAUUUAAAAACGGCUUAUAUAAAUCUAUAUUAAGUUUGAAUGGAUUUAAAAUUAUUCUUAUUCUGUAUCAAAUUUUGUCUCAAACUAGUUUAUCAUCAAAUGUUAUUUAGAAUAUCUUGUAAGUCUCAAA